AUGUCCGGGCGUGCAGCCUCUGCCAGGGAGCGCAAGUCUAGGGCAGUGUCCCAGAAGAGGAAAGCUGUAGCAGAUCCUGAGCCAGAAGUUGUUAUAAAAACUGAACUUGAAGAUGAGAGUGCUGCACUUCCUGAAUCUGGAAAAGCCACAGGAAAAUCUUCUGUAAAGUCCGAGCUAGUGACCCGCUGGGAAUGGUUGAAUGAUGGAGACAUGUGGAUGGCUUAUACUGCUGAGCUCGACAGACAAAUUGACCAAGCAUUCGGCGCUGGAAAACAAACCUUAACAUUCUCGCCCGCUGUAGGUGUGUCUCUGCAAGUGGAUUUUAGGAAGAUGGUCCAAAAAAAUACUAAAACUGGCUACCAAAGACAAAUACGUCUUUCAGUAAAGGAACAGGACCAGUAUUUUGUAUGGCAGUGGCAGUCAGAUGAAGAUUACUGGGUCUCCUAUGAUGCCAAAUCCUGCAUCUUGUUAGAGUCUGCACUUCAGCAUGAUGGAAAGCUUGUGUCUUUAAUUAUGGGUGGUAAACCCUACACAGUUGAUCUGGGAGCUAUGGUGCAGAGAAAUAGCCAGACUCUGCAUGAACGAGAGAUUCAACGCUGUUUAUCUGUUGCUGCAGAUCAAGAAAGUGACCCACCAAAACAAAACGUCCAAAAUGGGUCUACUGCAAAACGUCCCCGAAGGAACAAAAGUGUAGAAAAAAAAAACGGAAACUGAGGAGGAACACAGCAAAGAACAAGUGAGAACUCUGGUGUUAAAAGGUAAAGCUCCAAUUGAUCCAGAAUGCUCCAGCAAAAUUGGAAAGUCUCAUGUGUUCUGUGAAGGAGAUGAUGUAUAUGAUGUUAUGCUAAACCAGACUAACCUGCAGUUUAAUAACAAUAAGUACUACCUGAUCCAGCUGCUUGAAGAUGAUAGUGUAAAAAAUUUCUCUGUCUGGAUGCGCUGGGGACGAGUGGGAAAGGUGGGUCAAAAUUCUUUGGUUUCAUGUGGAGGAGAUCUACAAAAAGCAAAAAAUGUUUUUCAGAAGAAGUUUUUAGAUAAGACUAAGAAUGUAUGGUCUGAGCGUGGAAAUUUUGAAAAGGUUCCUGGUAAAUAUGACAUGUUACAUAUGGAUUAUAACACAACUACAGAGGAAGAGAAAAAUCUUGUGGAAGUAGACAAGCCAUCUGACAUUCCCAAACCUGAGUCCAUGUUGGAGAGUUCAAUUCAGACCUUGAUCCAACUGAUCUGUAACAUGCAAAACAUGGAAGAGACUGUGCUGGAGAUGAAGUAUGACACAAAGAAGGCACCUCUGGGAAAGCUCACUGUGGAGCAGAUUCGUGCGGGUUACAAAUCACUGCAACGCAUUGAGACCUGUAUUAAACUACAAAAGUUUGGCAAACAGCUUCUUGAAGCCUGCAAUGAAUUUUACACCAGAAUCCCCCAUGAUUUUGGACUAAGGACACCCCCAUUAAUUAGGACGGUAGACGAGCUGGCUUUGAAAGUGCGCCUGUUAGAGGCUUUAGGUGACAUUCAGAUUGCAGUGAAGCUGGCAAGUAUGGAUCUCGGCUCCCAUGAGCACCCACUGGACAGACAGUAUCGGCAGUUACAUUGCUCACUUCAGAAUUUGGAUAAAACUUCAGAUGAAUUUCAGCUUAUUGAGCGCUACUUGAGAACAACACAUGCCUCUACUCACAAUGAUUACACUAUGACCUUGAUGAAUGUUUUCCGGAUAAAAAAAGAAGGUGAGGAGAGUAACUUCCAAGCGGAACUCCCCAACAGGAUGCUUCUGUGGCACGGAUCACGUCUGUCUAACUGGGUUGGUAUCCUUAGCCAAGGUCUGCGUGUGGCUCCCCCAGAAGCCCCAGUAACAGGGUACAUGUUUGGCAAAGGAAUCUAUUUUGCUGAUGUCUCCUCAAAGAGUGCAAAUUACUGCUUUACCACCCGUGAUAAGAAUGUGGGAAUUCUUCUACUGUCUGAGGUUGCCCUUGGUGAAUGUAACGAGCUUAUAGCUGCUGAUUAUGAUGCUCAGAAGAAAUUGAAAGGAAAACACAGCACAAAAGGUGUUGGUCGUUGUAUUCCAGACCCACAGAAAUCUGUCACACAUGAAGGAUCACUAGUUCCAUUGGGGCCCCUGACAGACACAGAACUACAGAAUAAGGAUGGUUACACACUAAAUUACAAUGAGUACAUUGUAUAUGACCCUUGUCAGGUCCAAAUGAAGUAUUUGCUGCAAGUGCAUUUCAACUAUGAGUCUUUAUGGUAA